GUUUGUUCGGGCAUUGGCGUUCGAGUACUCGAGCCAGCGAGCGAAAAGAAAGAACACCACCGGCCCAGCCCCCCUCCCCUCUUUCUCUUCCUCUCGCGUCUCUGCCCUUCCUUCGCUUCCCUUCCCUCCUUUUUUUUGUCGUUCUUUGAAACCCUUGACCUCCGCCUAAAACCCUAACCAAUCCCCCUCUCGUCCCGUCGUUCCACGAGGAUUUUGAAUCCAUCCGCCCUCCUUUCCCUCGCAUCGGAAUCCCCCCAACGCCUGUUCCCUCCCCUCGAGAUCCCGUGCCCUAACUCGCUCGAUUCCGGCGACCGUUCCGGCUCGAAAACCCUCGUCGAAUUCUCCCCGCAAUCCCCUCUCGCCGCCCCGUGGCCUGUUUCUCGGCUGGAGGAGUGGAGAUUUUUCGAAAAGGUGGCGCCUUGGUGGCUGCUGUCUUGGUUCGUUCGAAACUAGGGCAUCAUUGGAUAGGAGAAACGUCGUGUAUUUCCGCCUUGUUCGCCCCUUUCUCCAAUCGGGUUCGAAGUUUUUCUAUAGGGUUUUCGUUGUUUCGAGCCUGUUAUUUGAAUUGCGUCGUGUUGCAUUGAAGCCAGUGGGCUCUGUUCUAUCGGAAGAUGCUGUGAAUGGCGAGCCCUCGUGCUCGCAGGGUAGUUGGAUGCUUUUGAGUGGUUCGAAGUGGGCUUUGGAGUAGGUAUUGCGUGGUGAAUUGAGUCUUGGCGAUUGGUUACGAGUCGAGUGCUGCAAUGGAGGUGGUGGCAGUGGCGGUCUGAGCAGCGGAGCGAGGUUGGUAUCUGAAGGGAGAUGAAGUGGACAUGAGUAGGCUGUCAUUUAGGCCUCGUCCCCUCGACAUCCACAAGAAGCUCCCCAUCGUCAAAUCCAUCAAGGACUUUGAGGAUGAUGAUGCACCUGCUACAGCUGCUUCCACCCGCAAUUCCCAGCUGCUCCGGCUUGCUGCAGACGCUGACAAUGAGCAGGUGCAUCAAACUCCUGGAAAGAAAAGUUCUCAAGAGAUACCCACUCCACAAUUUAGUGUUGUGGCGACAUAUGAAAGAGAUUAUGCUCGCACCUUUGCACAACCUACAUCAUAUUUACGUGCAAGAGGAGCCAGGGCUGAGAUUGGUGAGUUUGUUGAGUACGACUUGGACGAUGAGGAUGAGGACUGGCUUGAAGAGUUUAACAAAGAGAGAAAGACACUUACACCUGAAAAGUUUGAGACCCUUCUGUUUAAGUUGGAGGUGUUGGAUCACAAAAUUCGAGAAAAAGCAGGAGUGAUAACACCCACUUUUGUAUCACCUAUUCCUGUUCUUUUGAAGCUAGAUGCUGCAGCUGAGGCUUUGCAAUCUCUAUUUGUAAGAUUUGCAGUUUUCCAGUCUGUAUAUAACUAUUGGAAAGGCAAGCGAGAGCGAUGGCAAAAACCUAUUCUGCGGUGUUUGCAGCCUCCUCCACCAGUUAAUGAUACAAAUCCUUACAAUGUAUUCAGACCUAGGGAAAAGGCGCACCGUCUUCACACGAGAAGGAUACAAAGGAGAGAGAAUAAUGUUCAGUCAUUUGAAAAACUUCGUCAGGUUAGACGUAACUUGGACCAGGUGAAAACAGUAUUGGAGGCUUUGAUUAAGAGGGAAGAGAAGAAGCGAGAGGUGAUGGAGUGUGAGAUCAACCUUCAACGCAUUCAGUUGAAGUACAAGCAUGAGGCACAGCUUGUUGAAGAUAGGUCAGCAUUGCCGGGCUUCAUACCAGCCCCAUGCAAGUUUGGUUCACGUGAAGAUGAUCUUAUGGACUCAGAUGACGCGACAAAUGGUCGUCCACAUGCUUGGCCCACUGCUGUUCAUUUGCAGUCCAUUGAUUACAAGAUGGCGAUGGUCCCUGCUGGGCGCAUGAGGCAGGAUUUGAAACGGGCGCCUCUGCGAAAUGGAUGGCUACGUAAGAUGGACCCCAAUGAGCCGGUUUUGUUAUUCGCUAGAGGUGUGGAUCCAGACAAGCUAGCUGCUGCCGGCAUUGUGCGGCCACCAGAUCCAUCCAUUGAGAAUGGUUCAGUAGCACCUCCAUAUCGCUUCCAUGGGAGGAUUGGCCGAGGAGGACGCAUCAUCUUUGACCGAUGGAACCCCCUUCUCCGAGCUCCGCUUGGCCAUGAAAGCUCUGCAUAUGUAUUGCCAAGUCCUCUGCCUCCACCAAACGGUUGAACCUAUGCUGCUUGCUCUUUGUUUCCAUGUUUCAGCUGCAGAGAUGAAUUGUUUCGGAACGUUUGGCGGAAAGGGUCCCUUAGCUCUUGAGAUGCUAUUUGGUCUUCGGAUCACUGUAGAGCAUUGGAAUGUCAUUUGGAGUCGGUCAUCUUUGCAGCAGGGCCUGGGGCUGAGGCUGCCUCAUUGAUGGGUGUGGCAUGGCAUGGGCUCGUUUGAUUCUAGCAAGUUGGGCCUUAUGCACUGCAAGUCAAGCCUUACCCACCAUUGUACAAUUAUUCACAUCCCGAGAUGCAAAGCCAGUUCAUUAUUUUCCCUAACAAUAGUCCCAUUUUUGGCUUGUAAGCUUCAGUAUAAUGUCAUGCUUUUGCCCCUCAAUUGAAAAUUGCUUAUUGCUUUCCUGAUGGAGAAA